AUGGCAGAGGAUUUUCCAUCGCUGAAGGCCAAGUGGGUGGUGAUGCAGCACGCCAAGAAACCCGCUACCAUCUUCGACGACCUCGCCUUUGUCCCCGAGCACGACCUACUGGAUUCCUCGUGGAUCGACAACGCGCACGACCUUCCGAGCAAGGCCGCGAGCAGGCAGGGCAAGCCGGCGUGGCAGGUGCAUCUCAAGCCCCCCGUGCCCUCCUCCACCGACGUCGCCCCCUCGUCUCUCCGCAAUUCCCCCCUUCCCCGUGACGCCAAUCUCGAGGGCCUCCUCGCCGCGCAGCUCCCGCCACCGGGCGGUGCGGGGGGGAGCGCAGCCGGGAACGCGGCGGCACUGCGCGAAGAAGAGAUGGAGGCGUGGUUUCAGUACCCGCUGGGCGAGCCCAUCGACAGUUUCGGGCGGUUGAGAGCGGUGGAGGGGCUUAGUGUCGACGACGGCGGACAGGGGUUGGAGAACUGGCGCGCAGAUGAGAUCUCCGCCGUGCAGGCCGGAGUCGGCGCAGACAUGGGCGCACAUGCCGCGGCGCUUUGCGGAAACUUGCAGGCGCAGAUGCGCGCCGAGCCGGUUGGCGCUUCCGCGACUGAGAUGGGAGGCAGAGGCGCGGGCGGACUGAACAGCAUGGUAGCGGCGUCUCUAUUGGCGCAGAAGCGGGGCUUUGGCGGACUCGGCGGAGCGGAAGCCGGCGGGGGUGGUGCGGGGGAGAGAGGGGAGCGCGAGGCGCAGCUCGCCAAGCCCAUGGGCGCCACCUCCGCCACCCCUGCGGUCUCCGCCGCCCCCGCCGGUGCUGUAGGCGUCUCGUCAAGUGCGGCGCCUCAACCUGGCGGCAGCGCCGGCAUCGCGGGUGUGAGCGCGCGCCUGGCGAGUAAGGCCCUGGCGGCUCUUAAAUCUGGCAAGCUCGCGUCGAGUCCCGCGUCGUCCGCUGGCGAUUCCAACGCGCUCGCCGCCGCUCCCACCGAGGGGAUUCGCGAUGCAGCGGUCGGCACGACGGCAACUGCGGCGGCCGGCACGGCGUCAGGAGCGGCGGGCGCGUCGGCACCGGGUGUGUCGAAACCUCCCGCCUCGCGUAGCAACGUGCCGCGCCAGGCCAGCGAGUCCAACGCCAGUGCCGCAGCGAUUGCCGGCGCGUCUCACGGCGCGGUGACUGGGAACUGCGGACCAAACGCUUCGCAAAGUGCGGCGAGCCGGCCCUUGCCGUACGCCCCUUUAAACGUGUCGCGCCAGCAGCAGCAGCAGCGGCAGCGGCAGUUGCAUGCCGACGCGCGGCAACCCGAUCAACCGCAGGAGCCGGCGGGGACUACGGCGGAGCGGUCGCCCGACGCGGGGCACGCGUCGACGGUUACGAGCAACGCGCCCGCGGGAUGCGGCGCGAACGGCGCGCACAAAGCGGAAAGGGCCGCGACUGGCAGCUCCGGAAUGGUGAGGCGCGCGGAGGAGGGCAGCGGAGGCGGCAGUGGGGGGGCCAGCGGUGGGGAAGGAAGCGCGGGCGGGGGCACCGAGCGGACAGGGCAGGCGGAGCGGCCUGCGCGCACCGCCAGCAUGGGCGGAACGAAGGAUUCGUGGCUGCCCGGAGCGAGCCGCGGAGGGGCGCGCGGAGGACGGAAGCGGGGGAGGGAGGAAGGGGAGUACGCGCGGACAGAGGACUUGCCCGAGGAGAGUCUGGAUACGCGCAGAACGGGCGCGACUGGCGCAACGGGCGCGACGAGCGGGGCGGGACGGAGAAGCGGCAUGGAGGGCAGCGCGGCGAAACGUGCGCGCGCCGCUGAAGUGCACAACAUGUCGGAGCGGGUGAGUGGCGGCGAGAUGAGGGCGCGGGGAGAAUGCGGUGACAACGGGCAGGAGGUGGGGGGGAAUGUGUAUGGGAACACGGAGGGGGAGAGGGGGGAUGUGGGGGGGAGGAUUGGGGAGCGGAAACGAUUGGGGUGGUCUUUUAAGGCGCAUGGCGUGCAUUCGCCUCUGCUCCUGUGCUCCCGCGCUCCCGCGCUCAUGUGCGCCUAUCUGCAUGCCUCUUGCCCCCGUCCAUUCCCAGGCCCCGCCUCGUCAAUUCCGCCGUCUCAACUGUUACCGCGGCGGGAUCGCAUCAACGAGCGCAUGAAGGCGCUGCAGCAGCUGAUUCCCAACUCUAACAAGACGGACAAGGCAUCAAUGCUAGAUGAGGCGAUAGAGUACCUGCGCGUGCUGCAGCUCAUUCCCUCCUCUCGCUCUCUCCUCAUUCCAUCCUUCCUGCCCUGCUCCUUCCCCCGUCUCCCACCCACCCCUCUUCAGACGGACAAGGCGUCGAUGCUGGACGAGGCCAUAGAGUACCUGCGCAUGCUGCAGCUGCAGCUGCACGUCAUGUCCGCGCGCACAGGCAUCGCGCUCCCCCCCGCGCUCGCGCUCCCCCACCCCACCUCCCUCUCCGCCCUCCCUGGGGGCGGCGGUGGUGGUGAUGGCGGGUGUGGGGCGAUGGGCGGUAUGGGCGUGGCAGCGGGGGGUGCAGAAAGGGGGGAGGGCGGGCGGCAGGUGCGGGCGGCAGGGGUGGACCCUAUGGAAGCGUACCUGGCACGGCACCAGCGCAUGCAGCAGCAGCACCAGCACCAGCAACACAUGCAGCAACAGCACAUGCAGCAGCAGCAGCAGGUCAGCACAUCGCACAAUGCCUCUCCGCUGUUCUCGUCGCCUCUCCCUUUCCUUCUCCCCCAUUCCCCUCUCCCAUAUCCCCGCUCCCCUCGCUUCCUUCCCCUCUCCUCCUCGUUUCUCUCCUGA